AUGACAACUCUCAACAGAUCCCUCAUGGAAUUAUCACUGGAUACGGAUGAGCCUAUCACAAAAUGCACUUGCAAAGGGAUGUGCAAAAGGGGUUGUCCAUGUGCAAAAGGAAGCAGCAAAUGUGGAUCACUUUGCAAAUGUAAAAGAAAUAAGUGUGCCAACCAAAAGGAGGAGGCAGCUGUUAGUGAAACAGACUUCAAGUCUUGCAGUUAUAGUGAUGGAAGCCUCUCUGAUUUUCAAAGUCUACCUUCAUCUGAGCAAUCUGACAGCAGUUUGACGGGACAUUUGCAAUGUCAUUGUACCAGCAAAUGUAAGCGAGGCUGUCCACGCCGCAAUGCUGGAGUUUACUGCCAAGAUUUCAAAUGCAGCUGUUCUUCAGAAAAAUGA